AUGUGUAUUGCAAUUCUAACAACAACACACCCGACCUACCGGUUCAUCAUUCUUAAUAACCGCGAUGAAUUCCUCAGUCGCCCAACUGCCCCUGCAAGGUGGUGGUCAUCCCCUGGCAGUUCUACGAAUACGGCGGCUACAUCUCCGCCGGUCCUCUCGGCCCGCGACCUCGCGCGUCCAGCACACGGCACCUGGCUCGGGAUCAACAAGGUUGGCCGGGUAGGUGUGUUGACAAACUGUCUUGAGACGGACUGUGCGAGGGCUGUCGGGGGCAGGAGUCGCGGAAGCGUUAUCAAGGACUGGUUAACUUCUUGUCCCUCUGGAGAACGAAUGGGAGGCCACGCCAGGGAUGUUAAUGGGAAGGAACAAGGAAGCAUUGAAGAGUUCGUGAGCUCAUUGGCCGACCUAGGAGACGUGGGCGGGUUUAACCUGUUGAUUGGGGACGUGAGAGAGGCGGACCAUGGCCGGGGUUUGGCGAUAAUUUCGAAUCGCAGGGCCGGUGGUGCCUUGGCGUCGGACUCGGCGUCGUUGUCGGGCUACUGUGCUCCAUCUGGGGAAGCAAGGGAGCAGCUGCAGGUGAGGUGGGUUGACUGGGGUGGCAUUGAGAGUGGAACUGGGGAGACGAUCGCGCUGAGCAAUAUGACGUUGGGAGACGACGAUCACCAGUCGAAAUGGAAGAAGGUUGCCUUGGGAGAGAAACUCACGGCCGAAGCAGUCGGCGCAAGUUUGCGAGCAGGCGACGAGGAAGACGUCCUCAUUGAAAGGCUGUUUGAGGUCCUAUCGACGGAUACCUUGCCCUGUCUUCCAGGGGGCUUCGAGGAGAGCGCAGAGGCGUAUUUGGGGUUGCUGCGGGAGAGUAUCUAUAUUCCAGUCAUUGGGAAGGCAGUGCAGCAUCGAAAAGAUAAGGGAGCGACCGUGCUAAACCCGUCGUACAUGGAUGGACUCUAUGGCACACAGACACAGACAGUGAUGCUGAUCGGGCAUGAUGGGAGGGUGCGGUUGAUUGCGCGGACCCUGUUUGAUGAAGGGGGGCGCAGGCUUUCAGGGGAGGAGAGCGAGAGCCGGUUUGACUUUGUGGUGGGGAUGAGCUGA